GCCCUCUUAAGCUGGACCGCCUCAGAAAACUGGCCCCGGGGGACGAUUCAUAAGGGAUUUGGGGUAGCCGAUUUGGCUCAAGCAGUUCGCGCUUCUGCAGCCGCCGACCGCGCCGGCCGUCCAGGGCCCCCCAGUCGCGCCCGCCGCUCUGCCGCGAUGUCCGCAGCUCAGGCCAGCGCCCAGGCCGCCGGCCGCGGGGACGCCCGCUCCCGCUCGCCGCCGCGCCCGUCCGCGCCCCACGAGGCGCUGCAGGGGCUGAAGGCGCUGAUGCUGGGCCUGGAUCGGCGCCCAGAUCGUAGGGAGAGGUGCGAGGCCAUGCUUCGGAAAGAGCUCCCCUGGCUGCAGUUCGAGUUCUUCCCGGCCACGGACGGCAAGGCGGACACCAUCUCCGACGAGGAGGUCGCGCCCACCUGGAACACCAAGCGCAACGCACUGUACGGCAACUACGAGGACGUAUUCGACAAGGGCAAGAAUCUGCUGUACAGCGCGAAGCAGUUCCAGGAUCCAGGCGUCGUGUACAAGUUUUCGCCAGGUGAGCGCGGCUGCGCCCACUCCCACCGCCGCAUGUGGGCCAGGGUCGCCGAGGCCAGCGCACCCGUGCUCAUCCUGGAGGACGACGUGCAGCUCGUGUUCGAGCGGUCCUGCGGGGGCACGUCGAGCGGCAACACCUUCACCGAGAGGCUCAAGCUGGCCAUGCCGGAGGCCGAGAGGAAGAGUGCGGAAGUGCUGUAUUUGGGCUGGUCUGGCUUCAAGGACGGCAACUUCCUGCACACGAAGAAGACCCGGGGCAGGAAGAGCGCGGUGGUCCGCAAGGCCGAGUACGUGUGGACCACCGUGGCCUACGUGCUGUGGCCAGCCGGCGCCAGGAAGCUCCUCGAGAGGGCCACGCCCCUGGACCAGCCGGUCGACAACUUUAUGGCCUGGGAGGCGCGCGAGGGGAGGCUCGCGUCGUACGUCGUGCUCGACGAGGGCGAGGGCAGCGAUACGUACUCUGGCGGGAUCGUCGCCCAGGUGGACUUCACUGGCGACAGCGACAUCAAGAAGUCCGACGGCGGCGAGCAGGACGACGACCCCGCCGAGUUCCUCGCCGAGAGGGCGUCGGCGGCGGCGGGGGCCUGAGAGCGCCACCGCGCGCGCGGGGGCGCGCGCGCGGGUACUGCGCGAAGGGCUCUCACCGGGUCCUUGCGCUUGCUCUCUCUGGGCCGAGCGCACCCUGCUCCUGCCCUGCCGCUGCGGGAGCGGCGGCCGCGGGGCGCGGGGAGCGCGCCGAGCUCUGCCUGUUCGUUUGGGGGGGGGACGCCUGCACUGCACGCGCGGGUCUGCGUGCGAGUCGCUGCGGGGCCAGCGUGAAGUCGGGCGUGUCCCUCCUACAGGAGGAGUGCUCAUUCGUCCAACGUCCGCCUGUAGGGGGACAUGCCCGACCUAGGGCAAGCGGGACCGCCAGCGGGCCGCCGACUGCGGGCGAGCGACUCGUGUGGCGACAAAA